UAAUGUUGAAUCGCGUUGUCAACAUCAGUCUCGGCCCAUUUUAAUCAGGACAAUGCCACCUUAUUGUUGAUCUCGGCACCGUCAUCAAUCUUUCGAUUUUACCCUCCCAGUAUCCGUUACAGUCCUGCACAUGCGUACUUAAUAGACGCCAAUUAAGUUCGUUUCAGAAGUACUGGCCGGACAAUAGCGAUGGCGGCAGGUCCUUGCAGGCACCAUUGGAGCUCCUGUCUGCCUUCUCCCACACUCCUACCAUGCGGAGUUUACAGGGCCAUGUGUGUGUUUAGAGUGUAGCCCACUCAGCGGCUAGUCAGAGUAGCAUUGUGGUUGUGUUGGGGAAAUGGUACCCAGGAGCUCGCAGGUUGCGGCAUUCGGAAAGGGCUGAAGCAGUAGACACCAAGUAUGCAAAACUGAUCUGGACUUCUUGGACACUUCUUGCAGAUAGGUCUUUUAAUUAGUUCUUGAGGGUAGGGAUGCUGAAGACCUUCGUCACUUGCAAAUGAGGUUCAGCUUGUGAUGGGGCAGAUGACUUACGGAUAGUUUCAAGAAUACCGCAGUUGUAGAGUAGUGUCCUCGUCUUGCAGGAACCCUGCGUCUGGUUCGAGAGCUUGCCGAACUCGCUCUUCGCAAAGGUUAUUGGAUGUUACAGGCCUGCCUACUGUAUGGCUCGCAUCCUUUCCACAAUGAGCCUCUCGGCUGGCCUGAUCUCAAUGUCAGUGUUCACAUUAGUGCUGCAAUUAAACGCCCAGCCAGGGUUUAUCAACAUCGAUUGUGGUGCCAAUGCCCCAAACCACGACACGUCUAUCAACAUGACAUGGACGACAGACUCGGAGUACACGACCGCUGGGAUUAACGCUGUGGAUGAGAGUGAAACUGCCUUCUUCUACAUCCCCGCGCACACACAGAACACUAUUCGGAAGUUUCCAGGACCUCGUAACAAGAGUUGCUACAUGCUGCCAGUUGUGAGAAAUAAAACGUACCUUGUUCGCGCGGGUUUCAUCCCUCAAAACCCACCUCCGGAGUUCGACAUUUUUAUUGAAGCCACUAGGAUUAAAACUGUCGACUCGUUCAAUGGCGAUGUCGUGGAGGUAGUGCUCAAAGCGACCCGUGACGACAUGUAUGUUUGCCUGGUGCGGACUGAUCCAUCAGAUGUCCCCUAUAUUUCGUCCCUAGAGCUUCGACCUCUGGAUCCAGGCAUGUAUGCCUUGGUAGAGAAAGGGUACUAUUUGCUUCGCAUGGACCGCAAAAACUUUGGUGCCGACAAGCUGUCGAUUGUAAGAUACCCGGAUGACCCAUUUGACAGAAUAUGGCUGGGCGAGAAUGCUCCCGGUACAACGAUCAACACAACCCAGCCAGUAGCGCCGGGCUCCGCAUCCAACAAGCCUCCCAUGGCUGUCAUGAUGUCGGCAAAACUUUUGAGGGGAUCCCAAUACCCUCCUUGGCUUGCUAACGUUGACUACUACGUAGUGCUUUAUUUUGCCGAAAUAGACGCGAGAAUGAACUCAACUUCCCGCCGAUUCGAUGUUUCGCUCGACAGCAAACCAUGGGUUGUGGACUUCAGCAUUCUGCUUGCGUCUGGUUCCAGUGGUUUAUUCACGACACUACAAGUUGAGAAAACGUAUGCAGCUAUUGCACAGGUCACGAAUCUUACAUUCAACCCUUGUGUCGACUCUACCGGACUUCCAAUGCUGAAUGCUUACGAGUCGUACCAAAUAUUUGAGGAGGUGCAAGGGCGAACUUUCUUGCCUGAUGCCAUGGCAAUCGAGAACAUAAAGCAACAGUACAAUCUGAGUGACUGGAGUGGUGAUCCCUGUUUUCCUUAUCCUUACAAUUGGCUCGCUUGCACGCUGGACUCAAGUGGCCCCCGCAUCUCCACUUUGAACCUGGCAAGCAUGAAUCUGUCUGGCCCCAUUGCGACCAGUAUUGCCAACCUCACAGCGGUGACCACCAUAUGGAUGAGCAACAAUCUCCUGAGUGGACCAAUACCAGAUCUCAGCCAGAUGAAGAGUCUCUCUCACUUGGGCCUGCAACACAACUCUCUUACGGGAGAAAUUCCGCAAUGGCUUGUUGAUUUACCAAUGUUGCAGGAGCUGUUUCUUCAAGAUAACCAUCUGGAAGGGAGUGUACCCAAGUUUGGCAACAAGCAAUUGAUAAUGAACAUUUCUGGGAAUGACAUACUUUGCGAAGGCUAUCAUUCGUGUGAGGAAAUCUCAGAUAGGACAUCAGCAUACAGGAAGUCGCACGUCCUGUCUAUUGUAGUCGAAACUCUUGGAUGCCUCUUGGUCUUGAUGGCCAUCUAUGUUAUCUACCGUUUGAGCCGAAACAGAUGCAAUCGCCAUAUGGAAUCAGGAAAGAAAAUGGACAAGCAGCACAGUUUCCAAAACCACACCCAAGUGUUUAGUCUUCGAGAGCUACGGGUCGCUAGCAAGAAUUUUAGCAAGAAGAUAGGAGAAGGUGGAUUUGGUCCCGUAUAUUAUGGCAAAUUGGCAGACGGUCAAGAAGUGGCAAUUAAGGUUUCAAAUGGAAUCUCUAAACAAGGACAAUCUGAAUUUUUUACUGAGGUGGACUUGCUGUCACGAAUUCACCAUAAGAAUCUCGUCUCUUUGAUUGGUUAUUGCCAAGAGAAAGACAACCAAACGCUGAUCUAUGAGUACUUUCCCAAUGGAAGCCUGCGGGAUCAUCUUUACGGCCCAUCUGCAACGACUCCUUUGAGCUGGAAUACUCGAGUGCAUAUUGCCCUAGAUGCUGCACAAGGUUUGGAGUAUCUGCACUUGGCAUGCCGACCUAAUAUUAUCCAUCGAGACGUGAAGAGCAGCAACAUUCUGCUGACCGAUCGUAUGGAAGCGAAAGUUUCAGAUUUUGGUCUGUCCAAGCUCGCCCUCCAAGCUGAAGGCGUCUCGCACAUCUCAACUCUCGUUAAGGGAACUGCAGGCUACCUUGACCCAGAAUACUAUAUCUCCCAGAAGCUGACUGUGAAGAGUGACGUUUAUAGUUUUGGUGUGGUCUUAUUGGAGCUUGUUUGUGGACGACCGCCAAUUAGCAUGUCCCUUUCCAAUCCCAACAAAAAAUUGAGCAUCACUGAAGUGGUGAGGCCGCACCUGCAAGCUGGGAACCUGCAAGAAAUCGUCGAUCCAGAUCUACGAUCGGACUUCAGCCUGGAGAGCAUGUGGAAGGUUAUUGAGAUCGCAAUGACCAGCGUGGAGCCCAAGGAGAACCACAGGCCCAACAUGCAAGAAGUCGUCCAAGAGCUGCGGGAGGCAGCCGCCAUCGAGCAACAACGGUCAGCGAAGGUUGGACUCCGUUCAGAUGGGCGACAAUCAAACGCUUCCGAGGUCACAGCCAGAGGUGACGCAUUCACGGACACCUCUCAAGAGUCUAUGGGCUCCCGUUACUCCUUGCCGUCUCCUAGAUAAUAACACCUAGUUCUCCUCGUACCAUGGAACUGUUGCUCAUUACAUACCCACACACACACAUCCAUAUAUAUACAUAUAGUUGCAGCACAUUUAUCUUAGAAUAUUUCUUAUGCACCCAAACAGGUCCUCCCUGUCUAAAAUUUUGACGUUCUGAUUCGAGAGGCGUAGUUUCGACCAGACUUUCGAUGAAGAGAUUAAGGAUGUGGAAACAUGGAAGCACCAGCAGCAUGUAUUCGGACUGACUAGCGAGGCAGCCUGAUGAAAUUCUUGAAGUUUAGAAAUUCUAUUACCAAGUUUCGAAUCUCCUGAGAUACAUGCGAGAUGAGGGGAUUCGACAGUGCAGUGUUAUCCUGAGAUCACGUCUAUGCUACCCAAACUUCGCAAUGCAUGCACCCACAAAGCAUAGCGAUUGCUUAUACUUCACCGAGAGUACUGCAUUUAAGUUUUUUGUAUCUCUACCCUUGUGACUUUAAUGUACAGAUUCCACUGUCAAAUGCAAA